AUGUUUGCGUUUAAAGCGAUCUUGGAUGCUAGUUCAAGUAGGAAAAGGGCUAAUACGCAAAGGAAAAAAAAGAAGGUUUUGCAAAUGGAAUCUGAAGGAAAUAUUAAUCGGAACUUAAACUCUGUUGAUAACCCAAUUGAAAUUGAAGAUGACGAAGAAUCGGAUGACGAUUGUUCAGUUGAUCAUUUACUUUUCCAGAAAAAGUUAAUCGAUGAAGAUAUGAAGAAGACAAUUGAGAUACAUUCAAGUGGUUCUGUGAAGAUUGAGAAAGAUGACGAAGAAAUUCCAGAUGACUUUUUUGUGUCAGAUAUAAAAAAUCCAAUUCAGAUACAUUCUAGUGGGUCUUCAAAGAUUAAGAAAGAUCAUGAAGAAAUUUUUGAUUCUGUUUUGUAUAAUAUACAUAGUCAGGGGGGAAAUUUUGAUGAAGGUGAAAAUGAUUUUUCAAGUGAUUCUGAUUAUGAAGAGGCGAGUAUUAAGGGUUUUAAGAAGUUCAUAGUCAAAUCUGAUAGAAAAGUUAUAAAAAAAAAAGCUGGUAAAUCUGGGAAUGUGAAAUCUUUGUAUGCUCGCGUGUCGCUUAAUUCUCUUUAUGGGGCUGUCAAUUCUAUGAAUCAGAUCCAAAAAGACUGUGUAAGAAGAAUAGGAUUUGGGUCAUUGCUUGAUAUGAAGACUCAAAGUAUACCAACAAAAUUAUGUUACUUUGUUGUGGAUUCUUUUGAUCAUGAGGAGAUGGUGAUUAAGAGUGAUGUUGGAAAUAUUGCUGUAACAAGAGAAGAGGUGAAUAAGGUUCUAGGUUUGCCUUUGGGUGUUGAGCAGAUAAGUUGUCUAGGUGUUCGUGGCAAUGAGGAUUGGUUUGAAAUGUGGAAAGAGCAAUUUAAAAAACCAUUGUCAUUAGUAGUUCCUUCUGAUUUGGUGGUUAAGAUAGUAGAGAGAAGUGAAGCUGAUAUGUUGCUUUAUGUUGAUAGGAUUAAAUGUAAGGAAAUGUCAAUUGUGAGAAGAUAUCCUGUAAUUAAUUUCUGGACAUCAGAGCAACUUAAAUUUAGAGAGAGCAAGGAAUUGGCCAAUGGAGGUUUCGGUAAUGGAGUUGAUGCUGAAAAGGGUGAUGAAGAACUUGAAAGUGGAUACAUAUUAGAUAUUCAGUCAGAUAUUCAGUGGGCCGUGUCUGACUUGUCCAAGAAAGUGGAAAUGGCAUUGCAAAAGCAUGCAAAUCAUCAAAUAUUUCAUUUUUAUAGGGGGAAAUUAGAACAACUUGUUUUUGAUAUUUCAAAAUUCCAACAGAGUGAUUUUAAGAAUGAUUCAAGGUCUGACUCAUUAUCAAGGAAAAUUACUUUUGAGGAUAAGUCUUUCACAUAUAAGGAAAUGGGGAAAGGGUUUUAUAGAAAAAAUAAUGGGCGUUUGUAUGGUGAGAACGAUGAAAGAGACAACUUUAUGAAUGAAGAUGUACCAUCAUUUGAUUUAGGAAUAGAAUCUGAGAUGUGUACCCCAAAAAAGGGUUGUUUGAGUUCGGGUAUUGAAAUUCAAGAUAAAUCAAAGUCUUCAGUGGUAUUUGAAUCGCCAGUGAAUUUAAUCGGUAACAAAGUGGAUGUUCCAAGUUAUUUAAGUAAAAGAGUUGAAAGUCAACCGGAUAAAAAAUCAAGGCCAAAGAGAAACCAAAUGUUACCACAGGUGAGAAGGUCUCCUUUUGUUAUUCGUGCUGUUGAUAUUGAAUCAAAUUUAACGAGGGAGGAGAAUAUCAUAUCGAAUUGGGUAUUCAGUUUAUGCCAAGAUCCAAUGUAA